CGUAUACAAAAUGUGGCUGCUAAUUCAACUACUUUUUGUUACUUUUUUAUCUAGUGAUACAAUCGGACAAGUACUUAAAGAUUAUGAUGGGUAUAAAUUGUAUAAAGCAGAUCUAAAGUCAAGCGAUAAACGCGAAAUUUUAAAAAAAUUUGAAGGAGCCGAAGAUUUUGCUGCUUUAAUAUCAUCUGACCACAAUGACUCGCAUUUUUUGGUAUCUCCUCGACUCCAGAAAGAAUUUGGCAAGAUAUUGCUGAAAAAUAAAAUCAAUUCUACAAUUAUCAAUGAAAAUGUUGGCGAAUCAGUAUUGCAAGAAUAUGAACAAAGAAUGAAAGCUGUUACAAGAUCAUUUGAGCUUACUAAAUACGAUUUCGGUCAUUUCCCCCGAUAUUAUGAAAUAAUCGAAUAUAUGAAGAUUCUGGUACAGAACCGAAGAUAUAGUCAAAUUAUAGAAAUUGGCACUAGUUCAAAAAACAAAGUAAUUUAUGCUAUGAAAAUAGAAAAAUCUUCGAAAAAUCCGGUAUUUAUACUUGAUGCUGGAUUUCAUGCACGAGAAUGGGCUGCUCACGUUGCUGCUUUAUAUAUUAUAAAAAAAUUAGUACAUUAUGAAGAAAAAUACGCUGAUAUGAUGACCUUUAUCAUUAUUCCCUGUGUUAAUCCUGAUGGUUACGAAUAUUCACAUACGACUGAUCGAUUCUGGCGAAAAACAAGAUCUGAUAAUAAACGCUCAUCAUGCAAAGGCGUAGAUCUCAAUAGAAAUUUUGAUACACAUUGGAAAGAAAUUUCAAAUGAGAACAGAGAAUGUGCUGAGACUUACCCAGGACCCAAGCCAUUCAGCGAGCCAGAAAGUAUUGCACUUCGUGACACAAUUUUAAUGUAUCAACCGUAUGCGUAUAUAACACUUCACAGCUUUGGUUCGCUUAUAAUGUAUCCUUGGGGCUUUACAAAAGAUCUUCCUAAGAACUGGCAAGUCUUACAUCAAAUAGCUCUAAAAGCUGCUCAAAGUGCUAACAACGGAACCAAUUAUACCGUGGGUAGUUCUGCAAGAGUUUUAUAUAUAGCUUUUGGAGGAAGUGAUGAUUGGGCAAUGGAAAAAGCAGGUGUGCCAAUAGUAUACACUGUAGAACUACCAGAAUUUAAUGGAAAAUUAUUCGUUAUGCCACAGGAAGAGAUCAGACCGAUGGUUCGCGAAACUUAUAAAAUACUUAAACAUAUGAUAUUUAAUAUUUACGAUGAAUAUAUGCAAUAAUAAA